CGUACACAUAGAAAGUAAUGUUAUGAUUUUUAGUAACCAAGGCAACGUGAAAUCGUCAACAAUGAUCAGUUCUGUCAAGUUCCGUUAAAUUGGUAUACAUGCACUUUAAAGUGUUGACACAAAAUUAACAAAAAAAAGAAAAAUAAAAAUGAUUUUCAAAAUUUCUUUUAUCAUGCAAUUUUAAUCAAAACAAAUGUAUUACGUCAAAGUUUCAUCUAAUUUUGUUAUCUAUUCAACACCUAAUUGACAAACAUUAAUAAUUUCGAACUUCAUUCCAUAACCUAUGCAAAUUAAUAUAGAAAUAGAAAUUACUCAAUGAAAAAAUUUUAUUCAACUUUAGAACAAUUGAUAAUUUUCAUUAAUUAUUUUCAAUACGAGAAUCGUAAAAAAAUUUUCUAUUUUAAUGCAUUUAUUGUUUGAAAAAAAAUGGAAAGAAUCACUAACGAAGAAUCUGAUGGUUUCAAUUAUGUGGGAAUCACCAAUAAAUUACCUCCUUGGCUUUUGGAAAUGACAGAGACAGUGAAAAGAUUAAAUUUACAUGAAAAUAGUGAAAUUGAAUCAAAUUCAGAUUCAUUAAUAAAAACAAAUGAUUUUCAUCCUUUUUUGGAAAAUAAAUUUAAUAAUACCUCAGAGAAAUCAAUUAAUGAAAAAGAUAAAACUUUUAUUACAACGCACAAACUUGAAAAUUCGGAUUGUAGUAUAAUUUUACAAUCCACUGUCAAAUCGCUUCCAAAUUCUCCACGUCAGGAAAUUAGUUGUGAAUCAAAUGAUGUGAAUCGAACUUUUUUCACAUUGAACGAUAUUUAUCAAGCUGAACAAAAAAAUAGAUUAGGAAAUUUGGAUAAGUAUUUAGAUGAAAAAAAAGUAAAGUACACUGUCUCUGAUUCUCCAUUUAGAAUAUCAAAUCGAAUUGAUUAUCAAGAGAGAGAAAAACGUAGAUACAAGUCUAAUUAUUCGAAUUCAAAAAAUGAAUCUACAAAAUCAGAAGUUGAACCAUAUUUACCUACAGGAAUUAUUAAAAGAAAAUUGGACUACUUGGCAGGAAUUGCACCAAAAGAUUCAAUUUUUGAAGAAAGUACAAAACAAUUAGUCGAAUCUAAUAUUAAAAGUAAAGAUUUAGAAAAGAAAAUCAAAAACUCUGAAAUUAUAAUUAAAGAUGACAUAUGGAAAUUAAAAAAAUCAAAAGAAGAUUCAGGGGAGAAUAAAAUUAAUUUUGUAUAUCGUUAUGAAGAGGGUUCAGCAAAAGUUUCAGUUAGGGAGUCAGAAAGAAAUUUUAUCAUUCCCGAAUUACCAUAUGGACAAUCAUUGAUGAUUAAUAUUUUAAGUACCUGGGGUGAUAAAAAUUAUGUUGGUUUAAAUGGAGUGGAAAUAUUUUCUGAAUUUGGAAAACCUGUAAUUAUAGAAAAGAUUUAUGUUGAAGAAAUUGAUUUAAAGGAAUUGUCUAAUGAUGAAUUGUCCAUUAAUGACCCUCGAAGAAUUAAUAAUUUAAUUAAUGGAAUUAAUCGAACUAGAGACGAUACUAAUAUAUGGUUAUCUCCUUUUAUAAAUGGAAAUAAUCAUUUGAUUCAUGUAUAUUUUAAAGAAGCUACUCGUAUUGCAAUGAUACGAAUUUGGAAUUACAAUAAAUCGAGAAUACACUCUUAUAGAGGAGCAAAAGAUAUUAUUAUACUAUUGGAUGAUAUUAAAAUAUUUGAUGGUGAAAUUGCAAGAGCAUGUGGUGAUAUAGUUGGUAGUAUAGGCUCCUUUGGUGAUACUAUUUUGUUCACCACCGACGAAAAUAUAUUGGAAUUAAUAUCAGAAAAUGAUUUAAGUUUUGAGGAUUGUAAUUAUCUUAAAGAAAUUGAUACAGAAGCUGAUAGACCCAUAACUGGAACUGAAGCUGAUUCGUCUUCUUGUUUGAAUCAAUCUGAAAUUUUUGGUGAAAACGAAAAUGGAAUGUCAAUAUCUUGCAAAGAAAUUCAACUUGUAUUAAUUUCUAAUUGGGGACUCUUCAAUAUGAUAGGAUUAACAGGAAUAGAACUUUUCACUGAUCAACAUACACAAAUUUCUUUCGCUCAUGCUAAAAUAUCUUGUAAUAUUGGCAAUGACAAUUUAAUGAGACUUAUAGAUGGAUAUAAUUUAACAAUUGAUGAAAAUCAUAUGUGGGCAACUCAAUUUUCAAUGGACACGACAGUUAUUGUAACAAUUAAAUUUCAUAAAGAAAUUUUUGUCACUGGAAUUAAAAUUUGGAAUUACAAUGCCUCAUUAGAUCUUUCUUAUUGUGGGGUAAAACAAAUGGUUGUAAAAUUGGAUGGAAAACCAGUAUUCGAUCUUAUUGAUGGAUUUAUUUUAAGAAGAGCACCUGGAUGUUGUCACUAUAAUUUUGUACAACAAAUUAGCCUUAUAAAUCCCCCAACAACUGAAAUGAUACAUCCAAAUCAACAAGGCUUGUAUCAUUCUGUAACAUCUGAAGUCGUAGAAACAAAUGACGAUAUGGAUUAUGAAGCACCACCAGUACCUCUUGGAUUUGUAUAUCAAAUUGUUAUAUUUUCAACUUGGGGAGAUCCUUAUUAUGUUGGUCUCAAUGGUAUAGAAAUGUAUGGCACAGAAGGUCAAAAGAUUCUACUUACGGCAGACAACGUUGCAGCAUAUCCUGAAAGCGUAAAUGUCUUAGAGGGAAUGGAUAAUGAUAUAAGAACUCCAGAUAAACUUAUUGAUAAUAUUCAUGAUUCCUGUGAUGGACAACAUUCUUGGUUAGCACCAAUUUUUCCAGGACAGAUUAAUAGAAUUUAUAUAAUUUUUUACCAACCAGUUGCUGUUUCUAAAAUAAAAUUUUGGAAUUAUGGAAAAACUCCACAAAGAAAAGUUAAAGAAUUUGGUAUUUUAGUAGACGAUUUAUUAAUAUAUAAUGGAACAUUGGAUAAAGAUAGUCCGACAGGAGUUAUUUACUUUAAAAAUGCCAAAGACAAUAAUGCUUACAAAAAUAAUUCAUCAAGAUCUCAACACGAAAUACAUCUCGUAAAUUUAGAAAAGAAAACAACAUCUGGCGGAAAUUUUGUACCAGAUCCAUCUCUACGACCACACACGUCUUUAAUUCAAAAGAAUUUUUAAUAAAAGUACGAAAACAAUAAGAAUACAUGUAUACGCAUAUCUAUAUAUUCUUUUAAAUUUUUUAAGAUGUUAGAAUUUUAACUUAUUCAUCACAAAUAAAGUGGUAUUA